UGAAGGGCAAGCUUCAAUAAGAAAUGGCAAAUCUACACCUUAGAUACCUCUUGGCUUUGGCCUUAGUGCACGUAGUUGUGUCCUCUGGCGUGUUUGAGCUGAAGAUUCAUUCAUUCCACACGGCGCAGCGCAUCUGCAGAAGACACAGAGACUGUCACAUAUUUUUCAGGAUUUGCCUUAAACACCCGGAGGAUGUGAUCUCCGCGGAGCCGCCUUGCACCUUUGGCACCGGACAAACCAACGUCAUCAGGGCCGAUCACACCUCUAUCUCCAGCAGCGCUCCCAUCAGGGUGCCUUUCCACUUCAAGUGGCCGGGAACAUUUUCGUUGAUCAUCGAAGCCUGGAAUGCGGAAUCUCCGACUGAAUACACAGACAACCAAAACAACCUUGUGAGCCGUCUGGCGACCAGGAGGAGACUCGCUAUCGGAGAAGACUGGUCCCAGGACGUGCACUUUGGCGAGCAGAGCGAGCUGCGCUACUCCUACCACGUCUUCUGCGACGAGUACUACUUUGGAGACGGCUGCGCGGACUACUGCAGGCCGAGGGACGACACGCUGGGCCACUACACCUGCGACGAAGAGGGCAACCGCAUCUGCCUGGAGGGAUGGAAAGGAAACUACUGCUCUGAGCCCAUCUGCUCGGCGGACUGCAGUGAGAAGCACGGCUACUGCGAGGCCCCAGGGGGCUGUACGUGUCGCAUGGGCUGGCAGGGCCCCUCCUGCAAUGAAUGCGUCCGCUACCCAGGCUGCCUCCACGGGACGUGCAGCCAGCCGUGGCAGUGCAACUGUCAGGAGGGCUGGGGGGGGCUCUUCUGCGACCAGGACCUCAACUACUGCACCAACCACAAGCCCUGUGCCAACGGCGCAACCUGCACCAACACAGGCCAGGGCAGCUACACCUGCACGUGCCGGCCCGGCUUCGGAGGCACCAACUGCGAGCUGGAAACCAACGAGUGCGACAGCAACCCCUGCAAGAACGGAGGCAGCUGCAAUGACCUGGAGAACGACUACUCAUGCACCUGCCCUCAGGGAUUCUACGGUAAGAACUGCGAGAUCAUCGCCAUGACAUGCGCUGAUGGUCCCUGCUUCAACGGCGGCACCUGUGUUGAGACGAUGACCGGCGGCUACACCUGCCGCUGCCCUCCCAGCUACACCGGCUCCAACUGUGAGAAGAAGCUGGACCGCUGCAGCAACAGGCCCUGUCUGAACGGUGGUGAGUGUCUGGACCUUGGCCAGAGCAUCUUGUGCCGCUGUCAGGCAGGAUUCACUGGUGCCAACUGUCAGGUCAACAUUGAUGAUUGCGCCUCGAGUCCCUGCCAGAAUGCUGGAACCUGCCAAGAUGGUGUGAAUGACUACACCUGCUCCUGCACCCUGGGCUACACUGGCAAGAACUGCAGUGUGCGUUCAGAUGCCUGCGGUGCCCGUCCAUGCCAGAACGGUGGCACUUGCUUCACCCACUUCACAGGGCCUGUAUGUCAGUGCCCAAAGGGCUUCAUGGGCCCUAGUUGUGAGUUCACGCUGCAGCCUAGUUUCAAGCCUGCUCUGCGCCAAGCCGCCCAGCCUUCCUCCACCACCGUCACCAUCUCCUGCAUUCUGGCUGUCCUGGUCCUGGUCCUGGUGGCUGGUAUUGUCUUCCUGAGGAGGAGGAGGAGACUGCAGGGCAGGAAGCAGUUGAGCGACAUUGCGGUUUAUAAUGACUUGGAGACAGUCAACAACCUGGGAGGGAAUGAGAGAGAAGCCUUCCUCGGUCCCAACGGCUUGUUCAAGAUCAGCAACAGCACAGCUCGCCUCAGCCUGUCGCUCUGCCCGGACGGCAGGUCUGGCUACAGGCACAACCCCGUGGAGAGCAGCCUGGCCAGGGGGGAGCGUCAGGACUUCAUGUGGAGGGACGAGGCCGGUCUGGGCUCUGGAGCAGGGCUCAGAUGAAACAUGGAUGUUCAAACAGGGGUAGAAAUAUAUUAGCACUUGUUGCUCCUCUCUCUUCACGUACGGUGAGGAGAGGCGCAAAUCCAUGAGCUGAAAACUCAUGGUCAUGCUGAAGAUAAUAAACCGUUUAGUGUCAGAGUAAAGGCAAGAUUCUGACCAGUGAACUAUUAAGAUGAUUUACAAAGAUUAUUGAAAAUGUGUAUGGGGCAAAGCUCUUCCAUGUUUAAGACCCAAAGAGACAAAUAAUACGACUCACUGUUCACAGGACCUACAUCACAUACCAAAUACAAGACGAUACAGUACUCUGAAAACCUUUUAAAACCUGCCCAAAACUCUGAUUUAUUGGGUUUUUCUCUUUAAUAUGUUCAUUUUGUUUAUUCUUUUUUUUUUCCACACAGGAUUUUUGUUUUGCUUUUCAAUCUUCCUUUGGUCAUUAUUUCCUUAUUGUGCGCACCAUCAUUUUUUAUUCUUUCUAUUAUUUAUUUAUUUGAAACUUGUGUUUAUGGCUCCACGUUGAUUGUCACAGAUGUAGAGAUAUAUUUAUAUGAUGCUGAAUGAAGACCCGGCUGGAGGUUGUAUCUGGAUGUUUCAUGGGCUGUGUGAAAUAUCCCAAAGAUGUAAUGUGCAGGGAUAUAAGAAGAAGAAAAAAGUGCUUUAUCACACAAAGUCAGCCUGUACUGUAAUUUAUAAAUACAUAUAUAUUAUACUACUGAUCCUUCAUGUGCCAUUUUGUGUUUAUGCCAAAGUUUGUGUUACGUUUUCAUCCAUAUUAUUUAAGUUCAUCAUGUUGUGGUUGUGUUGUGAAAUAAAAGAUUUGCUUUUAUGCGA